AUGGCAGUGAAUGCGGCAGAAGAAGGGCUUACGCCGGCGGAAUCAGAAAAGGCCCGUGGACCAGAUCAACUACUUCCAGAUCUCGGCGCCAACGUUGAGCAGCAACCAAAGAAGGAAUCUCCGGUGCGGUUCGCUCUGCUAUUCAUCGCCCUUGGCGUUGCUGUAUUUACCGGUGGUCUAGAUGCCAAUCUAAUUGCGCCUGCCGUGCCGGCCAUUACGGACUCUUUUGGAAGCACUUCAGAUGCUGGCUGGUAUGGAACCGCCUAUUACCUCUCGUUAUCAUGCUGCCAGAUGGCCUGGGCCCAGAUCUAUAAGGCCUUCCCAGCCAAGCCGGUCUUCUUCAGUGCAUUCAUCCUAUUUUUACUCGGCACCCUGGUCGGAGCGCUUGCACCUAGCUCGGCGGCCGUAAUCAUCGGGCGAGCUAUAUCCGGCGCCGGCAUCUCGGGGUCGUUCGUAGGCGGCUUGAUUAUCGUGUCGUAUAUCAUCACGCUCCGCUGGCGACCUAUCAUUACCGCCAUCUUCGCCUUGGUCAUAGGGUCGACGAUGACGGCAGGCCCCGUCGUUGGCGGUGCCUUGACGUCGCGACUCUCGUGGCAUUGGUGCUUCUGGAUCAGCCUACCAAUAGGCGGCUUCAGUUUACUGCUUGCUCCCCUUGGAAGCCCUGUCAAAGACCCUGAGGGCAGGCGCGACGGCUUUAAGCAACUGCUUGAAGAAUUUGAUAUUCUUGGCUUUGCUCUCUGGGUUCUGGCCGUCGUCUGCUUGACGCUUUUCUUGCAGUUCGGGGGCACUCGUUACGAUUGGACAGGAGGGCAGCUGAUUGCACUUUACGUGGUGACCGGGCUCCUACUUGUUUUGUUUUCCUUCGUCCAGGUCCGCCGUGGAGAGCGGGCGCUCGUACCUGGGCGUAUCAUUAAGCAAAGAAGCGUUGCUUGCUCCGCAUUAUAUGUCCUGUUCAUGCAGACAGUCAAAGCCCAGAUCACCUACUUCCUGCCUAUAUUCUUUCAGGCUGCGCAAAACAAAACCGCGCUGGAAUCGGGCGUGGACACAAUCCCGAGCUUCCUCAGCUAUUUCACUUUCCAGAUCUUGGCGAACCUUGCUAUUUCUUGGUUAGGGCUCUACACGCCUUUCAUGCUGGUAGGCAGCUUACUAGGUACGGCAGGCACAGCUCUACUGUCUACGCUUACCACAUCUACUCCUGCUCCACGAUGGAUCGGAUAUCAAAUACUAGCGCUGAGUGGCUUCGGCAUUGGGUUCAAUGGUCCACAGAUAGCCGCCCAGACGGUCUUCCAAGAUCCUAGCGAUGUCCCCACAGCGCUUACUAUUAUCACGACGUGCCAAGAUCUGGGUGGUAGCCUUGGUACCAGCAUUGGCAGUGCGAUAUUCACAAGUGUCGUACGCCGACAAGUCCAAAGUGUUAUUCCGAACAUCACAGCAGAGCAAAUCUUUGGCGCGGGAAUCACUGGCUUGCAGGCCAUGGUUAAGCCCGAGCAGAGGUCUUCAAUAGCCGAAGCUUAUGCAUACGGCGUACGUGUGAUAUUUUAUGGUUCAACGGCAUUUGCGGCUGCAACUUUCAUACUUGCCUGUUUCAUUGAGUGGAAGAGUGUGAAAGAAAAGCCCAAGGACUCGGAACGAAGAAAUGAAAUGGCCGAGACGUAA